AUGAUGCCGCGAAAGAGGGCAUCUACUACUCUUGACCAGACGGUUAUACCGCAGUUGUCGACGUGGGAGUUGAGGUCUAUUUACUCGCAGGAGGUUUGUUUGUUUGUUUGACUUUAACCCUCCAUCCCACCAAUGGGAUGGAGGAGGACGAAAGAGGAUAUCGUAUUAACAAGCUUGGGAUAGUUAUUUGUCUUCCGCUGCGACGUAACCGCCGCUCAGAUCUCGUCCGCAAUGACCUCCUACCCUACGCUCCGGGACGUGGGCGUGUUGACAUCGGACGACAUAUCAAACCUCUCGCGCCAGAUCCACACGAGGUACCGACUCUCCCGUUGCGAGAGCGAAGUCUUCGGACACAUCGAGCAACUGAUCACCGACCUGAAAUCCGGCGAGAUACCCGGCCAUCCACUCGCUAGCGUGCACUUGAUGUCGUGCCUGAAAGAUAUGGAGCGAUUCGAGGUUGCGAACGGGUUUUGGAAGUGGUUAGUUGACCUGGACGAGACGCAUUGCGAUGCUAGGGUCUACGGCGUUGCCAUAGAGAACUACGCAUACCAGGGCGUGACCCAGGAUGAGCUGGAGAGAAUGUUUAUGGAAGCGCUGGGGAGGUACUCUGAGACGGUGGAUGCGAAAAUUGCGAGGGAUACGGGGAAGGCUACGAGGCUUAUGCUCCUACAGGGGAUUAUCACAGCGAGGAUUUUGCAUGGCGAUUGGAGAGGGGCGUACGAAGGGUUUGAUAUCUCUGUCAGGCUGUACCCGACUUUGACUCCCGCGAGGAUAUACGAGCUGUUCUUGUACGAGCGGCCAGUGAAGGAGGCGUAUAUUGUUUUCUUGAUGGCUUGUCGGGCGGGGACUCCGCCAAAGCCACCGACACUUACGCCGUUGCUUAGAGGGAUUUGGGCAAAGCAUCGGGAUGUCAAGGCUAUGAUCCGGCUGGUAUAUGCAUUCGUCGGAGCUGGGGGGACACCAUUCCCGCAGCACUUGAACUCUCUCGUCCUUGCCAUCCUUGGAUCACUGCCAAGUGACGCUUCGAAGGGUAAAGGGGAAGAGUUCGAUAGGAUGUUUGAUGCAACAAUGGCGUUGAUCAGAGACCUGAUAUCUGCGUUUGGAGGGUUGCGGGUUUUUCCUAGCCAGGGGACGUUUAACACUAUCAUCACGCUGGGUGGGAAGUUGAAGAGACUGGACCUGGUACAUGGCGGUAUGAAGGAGCUACUUGCUGCCCACUUGGAGCCGAACAUGAUCACGUACAGGACCAUCGUCAACGCUUUUGGAGAAAUGGGGGAUCGGGAGCAAUUCCAAGCCGGUUGGCGGGAUCUAUGUGCUGCGCGCGAGGAAUUGGGAGUGCCAUGGGAUGUUAAAGACUUUACCGCUUUAAUCAAGGCUUGGCCCCUUCCUUUUUCCUCUUAUCCUGUGUAUGUGUUAACGGUGUCAAAAGGGCGGCUUAAAUCUUGGCAUACCGGACUACGUUCGUGACGAGAUAGAAGCCAGCGGGCUCGACCUGACCCACGAAGUGCACCGCAUAUCCAUGGCAAAGUUUUACAAAAUACAAUCACGAAUGCGCAAUGCUUCCACCGCCUCUCCCCCCGAUAUCCCUGCCACAGAUCCAUCACACUCCCAACCAACCCCUGAAGCUGCCACCCCCCAGCCAACCCUCUUACCAUUCUCCCUCUCCGACCCAACCAAACGCCUAAAAAUUCGCCGAGAGGUAAACAACCUCUCCACUAUCUUCUCAUCCGGCAAAAUCUACGAUUUUGCCUCCUCCCCGGUCUUCAACACCACCUCGGCAAAUAAAUCCCACGAGAAGAUCGUAGACAUAGACUUUGCAACACCAGACAUCAUUCCUCCGUCAGAACUCCAAUCCUUCUACGCGGAAUUAACAAGCUCCGUGUCCAAGGUCUCCUCCGGCGAGGACGCGCUCACACGGACGGCAACGGGCUAUACCGUUAGGGAGCUCCGCUUCGAGAACUGGAGAACCAUUAAUCGCUUGUUGUUUGAGGCCGAGUUAUUCGAGAAGGAGAUGAUUGAGAGGAGGGUGAGGGGGAUGGUUAUGCGUGGGAGGAUUGCGGGUGUUGUAGAUAGGCAGGAGGGAGAUGGGGGAGGAGAGAUGGGGAAGAUGUUUGAAGGGGAGGAGAGGGCUAAGAAGAGGAUUGAGAAUGUUAGGAGGGGGAUCCAGGGGGUUACAAAGGCGCAUGGGGAGGGGGAGGUUGGGUGGAGGAAGGAGGAGUUGAAGGUUAGGGGGCUCUUGGGGAGGGAUGUGAAUAUUGAGGGGGUGGAGGGGGUGCAGGGGGUGUAA